AGAUAAGAAGGUUAGGUCCAUUUCCAUUAAAUUCGUUAAGUAGCAGUAGCUAUGGAAGAUAAAAUUGAAAUAAAGAAAGGGUUUACUGAAUAUGACCAACCAUGUAUAGGUCAUCUAUGGACAUCGACAUCAGUAGAUCUCCAAGACUUAAAAGUUGAACCAGAGAAAGUUGAUCUAGCUAUGGAAGUUAAAGUUAAAAAGGUGGAAGAGUUUUCAGAAGAUGACCAAAAAUAUAUAGAGACUCAUCUAUGUACAUCAACAGAUCUUCAAGACUUAAAGACCGAACCAGAGGAAAAUGAACCAGGUAAUUUACAGAAUAAAAACAGAAUGAAAACAUCUGAACAUUCAUCUCAUAAAGAACAUUUGGUUAGAUACAGUGAAGAAAAAACAUUAAAUAAAAAUAUGACAGUGCAAACUGGGAAAGGCCCUUACACAUGUGCAAUUUGUUUAAAACAGUUUUCUCAACGAUUUAAUUUGAAAAUACAUUUGAGAGUACAUGCUGAAAAAAAACCACACAAAUGUGAAAUUUGUUUAAAGCAGUUUACUCAAGCAGGUAAUUUGAAAUCACAUUUGAUGACUCAUACUGAAGAUAAACCUUACAAGUGUGAUAUUUGUUUUAAGCAAUUUACUCAAGUAAUUCAUUUGAAAUCACAUUUGAGGACACACACUGGAGAAGAAUAUUACAAGUGUGAUAUUUGUUUUAAGCAAUUUACUCACGCAAAUCAGUUGAAAUUACAUGUGGGAACACAUACUGGAAAAAAACCUCACAAAUGUGAAAUUUGUUUCAAGCAGUUUACUCAAGCGAGUAAUUUGAAAUCACAUUUGAAAAGACACACUGGAGAAAAACCUCAUAAAUGUGAAAUUUGUUUCAAGCAGUUUGCUCAUGCGCGUUAUUUGAAAUCACAUUUGAAAAGACACACUGGAGAAAAACCUCAUAAAUGUGAAAUUUGUUUCAAGCAGUUUACUACAGGGAGUUAUUUGAAAUCACAUUUGAGAACACACACUGGAGAAAAACCUUACAAGUGUGAUAUUUGUUUUAAGCAAUUUGCUCAAGCAAUUCAUUUGAAAUCACAUAUGAUGACUCACACUGGAGAAAAACCUUACAAGUGUGAUAUUUGUUUUAAGCAAUUUACUCAAGCAAUUCAUUUGAAAUCACAUUUGAGGACACACCCUGGAGAAGAACCUUACAAGUGUGAUAUUUGUUUUAAGCAAUUUACUCAGGCAAAUCAGUUGAAAUUACAUGUGGGAACACAUACUGGAGAAAAACCUCACAAAUGUGAAAUUUGUUUCAAGGAGUUUACUCAAGCGAGUAAUUUGAAAUCACAUUUGAAAAGACACACUGGAGAAAAACCUCAUAAAUGUGAAAUUUGUUUCAAGCAGUUUGCUCAUGCGUGUAAUUUGAAAUCACAUUUGAAAAGACACGCUGGAGAAAACCUUCAUAAAUGUGAAAUUUGUUUCAAGCAGUUUACUACAGGGAGUUAUUUGAAAUCACAUUUGAGAACACACACUGGAGAAAAACCUUACAAGUGUGAUAUUUGUUUUAAGCAAUUUGCUCAAGCAAUUCAUUUGAAAUCACAUUUGAGGACACACACUGGAGAAGAACCUUACAAGUGUGAUAUUUGUUUUAAGCAAUUUACUCACGCAAAUCAGUUGAAAUUACAUGUGGGAACACAUACUGGAGAAGAACCUCACAAAUGUGAAAUUUGUUUCAAGCAGUUUACUAAAGCGAGUAAUUUGAAAUCACAUUUGAAAAGACACACUGGAGAAAAGCCUCAUAAAUGUGAAAUUUGUUUCAAGCAGUUUGCUCAUGCGUGUAAUUUGAAAUCACAUUUGAGAAGACACACUGGAGAAAAACCUCAUAAAUGUGAAAUUUGUUUCAAGCAGUUUACUACAGGGAGUUAUUUGAGAUCACAUUUGAGAACACACACUGGAGAAAUUCCUUACAAGUGUGAUAUUUGCUUUAAACGGUUUACUGUAGCAUGUACUUUGAAAUUACAUAUGAUGACUCACACUGGAGAAAGACCUUACAAGUGUGAUAUUUGUUUUAAGCAAUUUGCUCAAGCAAUUCAUUUGAAAUCACAUAUGAUGACUCACACUGGAGAAAAACCUUACAAGUGUGAUAUUUGUUUUAAGCAAUUUACUCAAGCGACUCAUUUGAAAUCACAUUUGAGGACACACACUGGAGAAGAACCUUACAAGUGUCAUAUUUGUUUUAAGCAAUUUACUCACGCAAAUCAGUUUAAAUUACAUGUGGGAACACAUACUGGAGAAAAACCUCACAAAUGUGAAAUUUGUUUCAAGCUGUUUACUCAAGCGAGUAAUUUGAAAACACAUUUGAAAAGACACACUGGAGAAAAACCUCAUAAAUGUGAAAUUUGUUUCAAGCAGUUUGCUCAUGCGUGUAAUUUGAAAUCACAUUUGAAAAGACACACUAGAGAAACAACUUUAUAAGUGUAAAAUGAUUGUGAUUAACAGAUUGCUGUUUAUCAGUUAAAUAUAAAAUGUCAUUAAAGUUAU